AGUUAUGAAUGGACACAGCGGAAUCUGUUAUGAUGGCGCACGGUGAACGAUUCAAUAGUAAUUUCGAGUAACUCUUUGUCCUGCGGUUCUGUUGAGCGCUAUACCUUCUACUCUUUGGCGAAAUAUUUGACUCGUUAAAAUGGGAAGGAGCAGGAGUCGUUCUCCUCCUAGGCGUGAACGGAGGCGUUCCCGCUCAAUUUCACGAGAACGUGAUCGAAGGCGAAGGGAUCGGUCACGGGAUCGUGACAGAGAAAGGAGAAGAAGUCGUUCCAGAUCUCCCCACAGGAGACGUUCAAGGUCUCCGCGACGCCAUCGCUCCUCCUCUCUUUCACCUAUGAGACAAAAAGACAGACGUGAAGAUGACCGUAAAGACAGGGCAUCAAAGCCCAUUGAAAUAUCAGCUGAGGACAUGCAAGGCAAAACCGAAGAAGAAAUUGAGAUGAUGAAACUUAUGGGAUUUUCAACAUUUGACUCAACUAAGGGGAAGAAAAGUGAAAGCGCUACCAAUGCAUAUGCUGUCAACACCACCAUGAAAAGAAAAUACAGGCAAUACAUGAACAGAAAGGGUGGAUUCAACAGACCACUGGACUUCAUUGCAUGAAAUAUUUUGCUACUAUCCUCUUGAAAUGUAAAUUUGUUGUACUUGACAAAAUCAGGAUGUUUCGUGCUGUUUGGUUUUAUUUUCGUGACCUUUUGUUGUUGUGUAGGACUUUACCAUAUACAUAUACAUUUUUGAUUAAUGGGAGACAUUAAUGUUGUCUCCGUGAUUCUAUUACACCACAUUUUGGUAUUGAUGCAUGGUUCAUGGCAAACAUGAGGUACACAAAAACUCAUGUUGUUCUAUAUUUACUUAUAAGUUUAGUUAUGUAAAACAAAAGUCUACUGAAGGUAGUGUUCUUACUUUUCAAACUGAAACAAUUGGAUGCAGUGAUAAUGUCAACUGUUUAAAUCAAUAAAACACAUUUUCUUCAGUACUGA